AUGUCCCGCCCAACUAAAGAGUACGCCGAGGCGCUCAUGGAGGACCUGAAGAACGCAAACACGGACCUCAACAAGGCCAACUCGGAGCGCGACCGCUACAAGUACCUCUACGAGCAGGCCACGCUCAAGUUGUCCCAGUCCCACGCUGCCCAAAACGACCUCAAGGCCCAGGCCCACUCGCUCAAGGAUGACUUUAGCGUGCUGCGCGCCCGCGUCCAGCAGCUGGAAGAUGACAACGCCCAGCUGCUGUACGAGAACGACCUGUGGGACAAGCACUACACCGGGCUCGAAAAGAGCUACGGCGAGCUCACGGUGCAGUACAACAGCCUGCUGGCGUCAAUGCCUUCGUCUUCAUCGUCGUAUCGCAUCUCGACCAACUUGCCCGAGAGGCCGAAGCGGGCGUCUCACCACAAGAAAAAGCCGUCGUCCUCUUCCACGCGUAGAGAGCACAAAGAAUCGUCGCCCGCGUCGCGCAAGAGCAACACUAGCAACAGCGACAAGGAGCAAAAGGACCGAUUGUCAAAGCGUUUCGAAGAGAAGCGCCCGUCGUCGAGCGGGGGCCGGGGCUCGCGCCGGCACAGCUUCAUCGAGGGCUGGGGUCCCGCCUCCGGAUCUUCAGCAUCGGCUGCUCCACCAACAACCGGGGCCACGGGCCGGGCGUUUGCCGGCGUGGCCACGGCGGGCCUUGGCCAGCCGCCCGCCGUAUCCCAGUCGCACAACAAGGUGUCGUUCUCCUCGGUGCCCCGGACCACGGCCAACCCGCUCAGUCCUGGCCUGUACAGCAACACGGCGGCGUAUGACGACGAGUACUACGAGGAUGGCAAUUACCACCCGUACCCGGUGGCGCGGUAA